AAACAAAGAUGGAUGAGGACCUGUGUAAGCUGUACUCUUGUGUCAUCUGUACCAAUUUGUUCGAUGAAGCAACUGCCCUAAAGAGAUGUCGCCACAUCUUUUGCUUCAAUUGCAUUCACGGCAAGAUUGUGGAACAUGACUGGCACUGUUGCCCAAUCUGCUAUGCUGAUUUUGGUCCGGACCCUCUCAUGAGACUUAGCCAUGACGACCCUCUUCUAGUAUCAAGGGAAAUGGAGAACAUACCUUCAUCAGAUGAUGAAAAUAUGGAGGUCGAAUCGGAAGACGUUGACGAAAUCUGGGAUAUGAUGGAAUCUGAGACGACUUCUGAUGAAUAUACUGACUCUGAUAUGGAGAUGGAUUCUGAAAGUGACGACUGAGAGCUAUAAAAGUUAUCUUGCAAGACUAUAUUUCCUAUGUUUUGAGUAUUUCGCAAAUGUUAUGUUUUAAAUAAUUGUCAUUUGGAGUCAAACUUUUGUUUUUUUUUCCAGUUGUUUUGAUAGAAUUUUAAUA